AUGCCCCGCUAUCUCCUAAGAACUCCGUGCCCCCCCUACAUGCGCCUGCAUAAUCCGCUAAGCCGCCCACCAGAUUUGCACCCUCGGCCCUGGACCCACUCAGCUUCAUUGUCAUGGGCCUGCCCUCACCUCCCAAGGGGCCCCUCCAGCCGAGGGCCCCCCUGCAGCACAUUAGGGAAGGUACCCAACCCCUCAGGAACCUCAGUAACAGAAUCCCCAGGGGUUAGAGGGCCUGCUGCCACCCCAACUGCACUUGCUGUCUCUGCUGACCACCAGGAAUCCCAGCUCCCGCCUUCCGCCGUCCGCCACCAGUGUGCACAACCCCGGAUUGCAGCACCACCUGUUCUGCUGCUUCAAGGCACGCUGCCCGCGGGGACCUGCACCCCGGAUGCUGUUCCUGUUGAGGAAGGAGCCGCUUUAUCACCUCCAACCAUGCCCACUGUCCUCCGAGCAUGCCGCCCCGUGUUCCGCCGUCUACACCGGGUGGCGUUGGAAGAGAUCCCCCUCCAGAACGCUGGCUUCCAGCCAUGCAGUAGGGCACUGCGCACCCUCCAUUGCCCGCUCCCACCACAGGGGAGGCCCCACCAGGGCUAAGGCGCACGUGUGUGCCUGUCCCCCAGCCAACCUUCCGGCUCCGCCGACGCCACCAACAUCGCUCCCAGCCUCUCCCAGAUCCAAUCUUCUCCACGGAUCCGUGCACCUGCAUGAACACCGUGGAUCAUCUCCUCCAGGGACACCAUCAUGCAAAAGAAAAAAGGGGAAACCCACCAAACAGAGUCUGAACACACCAGAGUGACAAACCGUACUCACACGUUGGUGCAUACAUUAAAAUUGCCUAUUCCUAAGAUGGCUGCCCGUCUAUAUAUAUGCUCCCACCCUUAGACCCAAUCUACCAAUCUUGUUACUGCUCCACCUAUGCCCGCUUCCUAGCCUCAUCAGAGCCACUUUCUACUAAAAUGCGGUCGCUCCAAUAAACUCUGACUUGUAGGGAAUUAAAAUCUGAAUUACAAAACUGAGAUAAACAUAGACACACUGUGACUAAAGCCAAGAUUGGAAUUUCUCCAAAUCACUAAUUUUUGUUUAAAUAUUUGCGGUUCAGAUUUUGAUUUGCUACUUUCUAGACUUUAGUGAUUAAUCCUGAGUUGUUAUACAUUGAGCACUAUACAGAAUUAUAACCUUUUAUAAAUGCAAUGCAAGUAUUGCCCACACUCUUUUUCCAUUUCUUUUUUAACAGGCUCAAUCAAUAUUAAACCAGGCAAAUGAAAAGCUGGACCUCCUUAAAUAUUCCAUGGAGGAACUAGUGAAAGAACUUCCUGAUAGCCAUCCCAGGAAGAGUAUUACCACCGAGGAAUUGUUCCUCAAUUCUGACAUAUCCAAGCCCACUGCACUAACGGGUAAGUUCUUUUGCCUCUGAAAGAUAUUUCAAUAAAGGAAAGAAGACAAAUAUAUUUAACAUUGAAGUAUCAGAGCAUGCUUCCAUCUGUGAAGUCUGUCUACUGUGAUCACGCAGUUAGUCAACCGAUAUUCCAGCAGACUUAAUUCUGUAUGACGUAAAUACAAAUUUAAAGGUGACAGGUGACAUUUUUUUACAUGACAACAAUAUGGAACCAGCACACACAUAAUCUGUCAUCAGUAUAUUUAAAUUUAUAAUAUAUAAUAUAUUAAUAUAAAUAGUUACCAUAGAUAUAGAGCUCUGACACCUUCUACCUAUGUUUUCCAGAUCCCGUAUCUUUACGAGAAAGCAUUAAGGUUCCAGUCUAGUGCGCUUUUUUAGCCAUUACACUUAUUUAUAUUUAUCUUUGUGUGUCGUUUUUUUUUCUUUGUAUAGCACUAUUUUUAUACAUUUUUUGUGGGUUAUUUUGUUCUUCAUAGUCCACCAAUUGGACUUUUUGGCCAAUCUAUUAAAUGUUAAGUUUUAACAAACUAAUAUUUCCCUGAACUGUAUUUCAGUCAUAUAUGCACCUAGUUGCAUCCUCCAUCUUUUCUUUGUGUACAUUUAUACCGGGGUUAACCCCCAAAUCAGGAGGUUCUGCAACUUCUGGCUCCAUUCCAGUCCCUUCCUUUUUCUUUUCUUUUAUCGUCUAAAUUAUUCUCAUGAAUUCUGUUUUACUUUUUUGGCGUAAUCUUUGUGUCCUCUUAAGUGUAAAGGUUAAUCCAGAAGUGGGUUCCUUGUGGUUUCAACUUGUAUAGCGUGGACUUGUUGCAUUCUGUUCUGAAUUACUCCUGUGUGUGUUUAGAAAUAUCUACAAAUAUAGAUUUCUUCUAUAAUGGCACAAGUGACAUAAACAUUCUUUGAGGAUCGAGCAGGGACUAAGUGAAGCUACUGAGUUUUUAUCUGUUUAUAAAUUCUGUUUUGAUUGGUUUAUAUCCGAUAAGGAUGUAAAAGCUGCCUUAUUAUUGAAUAUUCUGUGUUUCCUACUUAGACCAGCCAUGAAGUUCCCUUUAACAUAAGAGCCAUAUUUCAUGGUUGCUGAAGGUCUAUUUCUUUGUUGAGUUGAUAAACUGGUGGUGGAAUCCAUUUGGGAAUCUGAUAUUUGAUUAUUGUAGGAAAUGUAUUGAGUGAACAUUUGGUGAGAGGAGAGUUAAUAUAUUCCUGUGAUGACACAAGUGAAAAUGUAAUAGUCAUUGUUACAAUAUUAAUUCUGAUUGUUUGACAGGUACCCUGAAAGUGAAAGUAAAGGGCUGUCACAAUAUUUUGGAGAAUGUACCUGGCAGACUAAAAGACCCGUCAGAUGUUCUCCCAGGAAGGAGGACACGUCGAGGAAGAUUCUCAUUAAUGAGCCGGAUCAGAAGAAACAACCGUGUCUGCAGUCUGAACACCCAAGAGACUGUUGGCUUUUCCAGUACAGUGAUUUUUAUCUUAUAAUUCCCAUUAUGUGUCCAGUGACGCUCAAUAACAGCACUCAAUAUCUGGGGUAUCAAACUUUUGCUCUUCCACUUAGCCACUCAAAGGAAAAUCAACCUGAAUAAUUAUAUCUCGGUACUGGGUGGUUGCAGGUUGACCCCCAAUUAAAAAAAUGUAAAAGUGCUGCGGAAAAUAUAAAUGAUAAUAAUAAUUACUUUAAUACAUUUAUACUGGGACUCAUCAUACAAACUUCAUCCUCUACCUUACUCACCAAAUAGAAAAAAUAUAAUUUUCAACAUGUUUUUCGUUACGAUGUUCUUGUAUUAUUUUAUUUCACAUAUCUCCCCUUGUUUAUAUUCCAACCAUAUCACCUGGCCAGCUACAAAUGUGUUGUUUGUUUAAUUUCUUUUUUAUGGAGUGCAGGAGAAUAGACUCCCGAAAUAAAAUCAAACUCCUAGAGCUUUGGUUAAAGAUAAUAACUUUAUAUUGCCAGGUGUAUUUUUACAAUUGCUGUGUGUUGAUUACAUUCUCAAUAAGAAAUGUUCUUUAUAAUAAAAUACUCUUAGCCUUUUAAGUUGAGUUCCUGAAAUUUCCUUACAGACGAGGUCCGUGCUCAGCUGAAGAUUGACCAUAUUCCAGUGGGUUCAACCAGUUGGAAAACUGUGUCUAAUCCAUCCUGGAAUGAGACAUUUAAACUGGAGUUAAAUAAGGUAUGAAUGUCAUUAAACUCAAGUAUAUUCACCCUAGAAUGAGACAUUUUUUUUCAGAAAUAUUGACUUAAGUGAAAAAUAGAAAACAAAACCCCAAAAAACAUUGUCUUGGUGAUAGUUUUCAGGCUAAGUGGAUGCCUGUAUUAUUGUUUUUAUUUUGUGUUAGUAGGAAUAUUACAUUCUAAAUCAACAUCCAUCGGUGGCCCCAGGAAGAAUUUAUACUAAUCCAUAAAUCUGCAUAUCCUGUAAAGAGUUGUCUAAGUCAGUAUAACUGGAACUCUUUUUCUAAACCUUUUAGGACCUUAAUGUGUCUUCAUCCAGUUAUGAUUUAGAGAGUUAUUAUACAUUGGGUUUGUUUAUCUUAAUUUAGAAAUAAAUAUAUUUUUUAAUAGAAUCAGGGAUAUAGAUGAUAACUUUUCUUUCCUUUUUUUGUUAAUGUGUACAUAGUCUCGGGAGUUAGAAUUAUCUUUAUAUUGGCACGAUCGGAGAUCACUGUGUGCCACAAAGACGCUGAAGUUGGAAGAAUUCCUGGUGAACCGGAAGCAGCAACUGUGUCUACAGCUGGAGCCACAAGGCACCCUUUUCAUCAAGGUAAGAACCAAUCUCUGGCCACUAUCAAUUUAUAGUUAUUUACCUAUAAAUGUUUUAAUUAUACAGAAAAAAAAGGAUGAUUAAUUUAUCCAACAUAUUUCUCUAAAUGUAAAAAUAUAAGAGCGCUAUAAAGGCUAUUGACUUAAUAUUAAAUUGUACUGAAGUGUACAUGGAGUUGCAAAAUAUGUCUGCUAUAGUCACAUCUUGACUUAGCUCAACUUUGUUUACAAUUCACACAUGUCAGUGUUUAGCGAAUAAACCUUUCAAUGUACGUCAUAUUACCUAUAUGACCACUUAUAGUAUCUUAAGAAAUGUUCUAUUUUUGAGAUAAAAGACACUGUAUCAAAUGCUAAACUGUUUAAGUAAAUGAAGGGCUUUGCUUAUUGUGAUUAGCUGUAGAGGAAGAGUUUUGAAGCUGUUUAUUUUCCAUUUUUGUGUGUUUAUAUGUUGGUUUGGCACAAUGAGAAUAUGAUCAUUUCCUUCCCGCUGUUUUUUAUUUUGAAAUAGGUGACAUUUUCCAAUGCUUCCAUCCAGAAAAGGCCAAAACUUCAGACAAUUCAGAAAUUCUUCUCCAAAAAACAAGGUAAGUGUUCGUUUAACAUGUCUCGCAUUAAAUAGCAAACCGCCCAGGGGCCUUUAAAGGCAUCUAUGAGGCAGAAUUGAUUAUUAUUUGGUUACUGACAAGAAGUGAACCCUUGUACCCCAGUACUAGCCCCCCAUGUGAUAGAAAACUUGUUAAGCAGUGUGAAUGUGCUCAGUAACCAGUGUGGGAUUUCACAUUUCAUUUUCUUACAGGUAGAUAGACUGAUACAUGUUCAUCCAUUAUAACAACCAUAGCGCAGGAUGUACAUCUUAUACCAUAUGCAGUAUACACAGAUUACAUUACUUAUACCUACCUGAAGCUCAUUAUUUUCAUUGGAUGCCAGUCCUCUUAAACACUAAACAUUGUUUCAAUGUAUUAAAUGUGAGUCAUGGUUAUUAUAAUAUGGAAAUCUUGGCUGAAACAAAGUUCUAGGUUUGGAGAUUUUGUUACUUUUUUUUCUUGUUUUUGGAAUGCUAUGAAUAUAAUUAAUAUAUUUACUACUGAUCAUAUACAAUACUUAUAUUUUGUUCUGUAUUACUUUUAUAGAAGAGACCUUCCAGCCCACUGCAGAGGAAGAUACAGCUAUUGAUGUCCUUUCAUUGCCAGUAUCAGACACUGAGAGCGUGGUUCCAUCACCACCAGCUGUCGAUACCGAUGCAGAAGAAACCAUCAAGUCCACAUCAGAGGAGGAUAUAACAUCUGACGUUCUUCCAUUGCCAGUAUCGGACACUGAGAGCAUGGUUCAAUCAUUGCCUACUGUCACUAACGAUACUGAACAGACCAUCCAAUCAGCAUCUGAGGAGAAUAUAAUAUAUGGCAGUCUUCCAUUCCCAGUAUCGGACAAGAAGAGUGUGGUUCAAUCACUGCCCGCUGUCGAUACCGAUACUGAAGAGACUAUCCAAUCAGCAUCUGAGAUGGAGAAAGUAUCCGGUAGUCUUCCAUUGCCAGUAUCAGACACGGAGAGCGUGGUUCCAUCACCGCCCGCUGUCGAUAUCGAUACUGAAGAAACUAUCCACUCAGUAUCUGAGGAGGAUAUAAUAUCUGGCAGUCUUUCAUUGCCAGUAUUUGACACUGAGAGCGUGGAGUCAUCACCACCCACUGACAAUACUGAAUCACAAGAGACCAGCCAAUCGGUGUCAGAGGAUGGAGCUAUUGACGUUCUUCCAUUGUCAGUGUUUAACACUGGGAGCCAAGAGUCAUUAUGGUCAAUUAGGUAUUUUCACAUAUUCAUCUUUCUCAUCAAUGCUGUUAAAACGGCUACACAUUUACCAUAAACUCCUUAUUUUCUCCCCUUUACCACCCCUCACUACAUUUUAUUUAUGUAAUAAGCUUGUCUUUUAUUAAAGUUAUUCUUUAUGUACACAAAAACUUGCGUGUGAGAGUAAGAUGGGUGAGGUUAAGGCAGUAAACAUUUUUUCUGCCCAAUUCCCAGCAUGCUUAUUAACAUUGUCUACAGUUUGUUGGUAACAAGUAAGUUUACCAUAGCGAAAUAUUUUUAUAGAACGUUUAUGAAUUACAUUUUUUAUGACGGGACUUGAAAGUUCUUCCCAGCAGAAUGUGGAAUUCACCUGUUACCAGAGUGAAAUACAGUAAUUAAUCACGGCAGGUCCUUUGUGAUUCCAUCUGUAAUUAAUCAAUUGAUUUCACACAAUACAUAAUCAUCGUGUCCUAUAAAACAUGGCAAUCUACAACCCUAGUGAUAGAUAUUCCAGGGGAAUCCCUUUAACAUUGCACUGGAUGCUACAGAAUUUUCCACUAAGACACUCUGACUAUAAAGAAUUGAUGAUAUCAGAUCUAAAAGGUGCCAUCUAAAUAAAUACUGUUUUCUUCCUUCUUAAAGCGUUUCUCCUGUAGUAUCAUCGGACACUGAAUCUGAACCAGAAGAGUCUCCUGUUGCAUAUCGUACAUCUUUUUGCAGCUAUCAACCAGGACUUCAUGUUAUAAUCCCAGAUAUUCUGUCUCAGGUAAAGAUAUAACGUUUUAUACCUUGCUUAUUUUGUUUUUUUGUUCUGCUUUAGCACAAACUGCAUUAUUGAUGAACAUGGAAUAAUUGCAAUCUCGGUGUAGAAUGUUUUCUAUAAAAUCAUGGACAUAUUUAAAUUCUGGGUUUAGUACAUAAAUUGGAUCCUCAAUUAUUUUAUUACAACAAGCACUAAUGAAACGUUGUUAUUAAUAAUGUUUAAUUUUCUUUUCCAGGAUUAUGGAGCAGGCCAACACUAUUCUAGGAACUACACUUCAAACCAAGUGCCAUGUAAUACACCUCUACAUGAUGGCAGAGUGUCCAAUCAGGAAAACAGUGUCCUUCAAGAUCUGGAACAGUCUCAGGACCCACGGUAUGAUAACUUAUACUGUGUGUUAUAGGAGCAUGUUGUUUUGGGUAUUUGUUUUUUCAUCAGGAUGGGGGCUAUAUGAGUAACGAUAAAUAUGAAAAAAAAUAUAUUUUCUUUGCAGCAUUCAGCUAGGAGUACAACUGAGCCUCGAGGAUUUCCAAUGUCUCUCUGUGCUGGGCAGAGGACACUUUGGAAAGGUGGGUUUCGGGUAAAUUCCAAUUCUAGUGAGAAAUAAAAGGUGUCUAAACAAAUGUUAUCUAACAAAUAUAUAUAUAUUUUUUAACGUUCAGGUUCUACUUGUUGACUACAAAGGUACAAACACCAUGUUCGCCCUAAAAGUCCUGAAAAAACGAAAGAUAAUUGCAUCUGAUUCUAUUGACUGGUCAGUGGAUGGAGAAUACUUAAAAUGGAAACAUUUUGGAUGGUAGUCCUAUUUGUUGUUCGCAAAAGUGAUUAAUUUAGUUAUUCCAUUUUUAUUUUCAAGUCUUAAAUAUGAGAAGAACAUCUUUCAGACCAUAAGCCGCAUACGACACCCAUUCCUUGUAAAUUUGUUCGCAAGUUUCCAGACUGAAGAUCUUGUCUGCUUUGUGAUGGAAUAUGCCGCUGGUGGAGACCUAAUGUCAACUCUUAAUAACAACAUGGCAUCUUUUACAGAAAGCAGAGCUAUGUAA